GCAGGAAGGUGGGCUGAGCGCAGGGGGCAGGACUGCCGCUAGGCCAGCCCCGCCGGCUCCGGCUCCGACUCCUGGAGGGUGGGCAGAAUGGCGAGGCGGGACGGCUCAUUUGAACAGGUCGAGCAGCAUCUCCCGAGGGCGCCGCCGCCGCCUGAGGGGCAGGUCACCGGGCGGAGACGAUGCCAACGGCCACACCAAUGCUCCUACCACCAGCAUGCAUUUCCGACGCCGCGUUCAUCCUCUUGGACGGGGACUCAGGCAGCCGCCGCCGCCGCCAAGAGGCUUUUCCCCUCAGUCCCCACCGCCGGCGGCGGCCACCGGAGUCGCUUGCGCUCUUUGGCCGGAGACCAGCUGCCUCCGUGGCGCAGGCGCCUCUUCUUCAUGGAAGCCCCCGAGCCGGCUCCUGGGGAUCCCCGCGCCCGCCGAGGCUUGUGGAAAGCGCCGAGCGGGCGGCAGUGGCCCGUCCUGGUGGCCUGCUUGACCUGCUGUACCUUGCUCGGCUGGUACACGGCCAACAGCGUGAAUGACGCUGCGGCCCCUGGAAGCCCCCAGCCGGAGGAAAAAGACCCCGAGGUGACGACGGUGACGGUGGUGGUGUGGUGGCCGCCUUUCGGGCACGGCGUCUCCGAGAACUGCUGGCAAUUCAACAUCAGCGCCUGCCGCCUCUCUACCAACCACAGCCUCCAGCCCCAGGCGCACGCGGUGGUCUUCCAUCACCGGGACCUGCAGUGGCAUGGCCUGGGCCAGCUGCCCCAGCAGAGGCCGCCGGAGCAACGGUGGGUCUGGAUGAACAUGGAGUCGCCCACCCACACCACUGGCCUGCGAAACCUGGCCGGCCUUUUCAACUGGACCAUGUCCUACCGGACCGACUCGGAUGUCUUUGUACCCUCUGGGUACCUCAAACUUCGCCCGGAGCCCCUGGUCCAGUUCACCUUGCCCAAGAAGACCAAGCUGGUGGCCUGGGUGAUCAGUAACUGGAACGAAGGUCAUGCCCGGGUCCGUUAUUACCACCAGCUGAAAAAGUAUCUCCCCAUCGAUGUUUAUGGAUCUCACAAACUGUCGCUCAAAGACAACAAUGUGAUCAAGACGGUCUCGGAAUACAAGUUUUAUUUGGCUUUUGAAAACUCCCAGCACCAGGACUACAUCACCGAGAAACUCUGGGUGAACGCCUUCGAAUCUUGGGCGGUCCCCAUUGUCUUGGGGCCCCCAAGGGCCAACUAUGAACGGUUCGUCCCUUCUGACGCCUUCAUUCAUGUCGAUGACUUCUCUGACCCCAUGGAGCUGGCAGUUUACCUGAAGUUCCUAGAUAAAAACAAGAACAUGUACCGAAAGCAUUUCGCCUGGAGGAAAGAGUAUGAUGUGAGGCUGCCAUCCUUUUGGGCAGAACAUUGUUGCAAGGUUUGUAAAGUAGUCCGAGAGGUGGGGAAACAGCCCAAGACCAUCCAGGACCUCGCCAAGUGGUUUGAAAGUUGACUUCCUCGGAUUUGACUGAGUUUCCAUGCAGGAUGAUUGGUUUGACGCAUUUACCCAACCAAGGCACAGAAAAUAUAUCAGGGGUAUUUCAGUUUUCUUAAGUUAUCGAUUAACUUAAUUGAUAAAUUAAGAUUGCUUGGUUUAAUAAUUAUGGGGAGAUUCACCAGUGUGUGUGUGUGUGUGUGUGUGUGUGUGUGUAUGGACUUUUUGUUGUUGUUUCUCUCUUUUGGUCUCGUAUGGAGUUCUUCACCAAACUGAAGCACAAAAGGGUUUGGCUGCCACAUAAAGGUUUAUUUGCAACCUUCGCAAAUAAGCAAAACCAUUAGCAAAAUACGUAUAAAAUUAUAGCGAUCGUAUCAAUUCAAUUCAUCCCCUCUAAUAUUAAAAGCACUAUUUUGUCAGGAUGUCAGGCUUUCCUAGCUUUCUUGUAG